UUAAUGCAUGUUACCAUAGCAACCGCACAACAACAAAGUAAAGAUGGCAAGUAAAGGAGGUGAUGUUUCUACUAGUCCUUCAAGCGGAGGAGGAGGAGAGCAGCAGCUUCCAGAGCUCCCACCUAACUCUUACCUUAGUGCCUUUUCACCUUCCCUUUCUCCUUCACCUCUAAGCAGCACCAGACCACAUACUGUACCAACAAUAACUGGCCCUAUACCUAGCUCUUCUGUUGCUGGAAUAGGAGGAGGAGGCCUAGGAGGAAGAUAUACAAUGAUACAAUCACCACCAAACAGUUUUAGAGGCCAUUCACCUUCUCCUAACACUGCAAUGAGAAGAUCCAUAGAGUUUAUUCGUGUAUCAAGACAAGAAUGGGAACACAGGGACAAAUUAAUCAGCUCACUGAGAGGUGAAAACUUAGAAUUAAAGACAAAACUAAAGAGUGUGACUAGUGAUACAGAGGCACACCAUAAAUUAUUAACGAGCUAUAAAUCAUUGUUAUUACUACUAUCCGACGGAACGACAAUAAUUAAUGAUGUAAAUACAGACACAUUGAUAGCUACAAUUAAUGAUAAAGUUAAUCAAUUACAUAAAGAACAUAAUCAAACCAUUAAAGAAUUGACCGAGUCUCGUACAGAACUUGAGAGAGUAUCCAGUGAUAUAGCAGCUGCUAAUGUACAACUGGGUAACAUUAAAACACAACUGGAGCAAGCCAAAGUAGCCAUAGCAAGAAAAGAAUCUGAAAGUCUUCAAUUAAAAAGUGAAUUAGAGGUAUCUCAACAAAAUGCAGCAAGAACAAGUACCAUGAUGCAAUCAAUGAAGAAACAAUUAAGUGAUAAAGAAGAAGAAGAUAAAAGAGGCAAACAGACAGCCCACGACAAGCAGCAACAAAUAGGAGAAAUUAAAAAACAACUGCAAGAUAAAGAGAUGAUGCUUGAAUUGCUGGAGGAAAAAUUGAAGCAAGUCAAGAAUGAAAAUGAAGAGAAAGAAGAACGAGCAACAGUAGCAGAUUCAGCAUAUGAAGAUAUUUGCUAUCAACUAGCUGACAGCUUACAAGUGGAAGAUGAAUGUGAUGUAGAAGGAAUGAUGCAAAAAGUUUGCAGUCUAAUGCUUCAAAAUAAGGAAAUGAAACAGAAAAUUACCAUUUUAACCAACAGCACACAACUAGCUGAACUGGACUCAAAGGCUAACAGAGAGACCAUCAUGAAAUUAGUGUCUGAUAUUAAGAAAUUAAAAGAAGAUGCAAAUAAGCUACCAGCACUGCAAAAAACAGUAGCAGAGUUGGAGGAGAAACUUCAAACAACAGAGAGUGAGAGAAAAGGAUUUCUGGACAGACUAGAAACAAGCAGGGAAACAAUAGCAGCAUUAAAAGAAGAAAUUAAAAGUCAACAAAACAGCUCUAAUGAGUUAAAAGUAAAGUUGGAGGCAGUUGAUGAAUUGCAUAAAAAUGAAAGACAAGCAAAGCAACAAUACACAGACCUGGUUAAUAUGGUAGCAAGACUAUUGUCAUGUGCAUCAAUUGAUGAGGACAGCAUUAAACUGAAAUUAAAAGAAAUUAACGAGAGCAUGUCAUUAAUGAGGAGUGGUAUGACGGAUAAGGAUGGAGUAAUUAAAGGGCUAAGAGAACAGCUAGUUAGCAAAGAAAGGGAAAUAGAGUUUGAAAGAGAGAAAGCAGAACUAGAGAGAGAGAAGUUAUCAGAAAUGAAUGAUCAGCUACACAACAUUGAAUUACUGGAGAAGCAAUUGAAAAAACAAGAAGAAAAGUAUAAAUCAUUCAUUAAAAGAUGUGUAUCCUCACUGAAGUUGGAAGCAACCACUAGCAGCAUAAUGGCUGGAGAAUUUGCUGAAGAUUCAAUUUUACUAAAAGCCGAACAAUUAUGCAAUUUAGAAACACAGACAUUAGCUGAGAAGCAGUCUGCAGUGUAUUCUCUACAAAGAAAGUUGAAAAGUACAAAACAGCAACUUGAGAGCAAAGAGCUCCAUGUGAACUUACUGCAGAGGAAAGUGACAGCAUUAGAGGAGAGGGUUACUGUGGCCACAGAGAGGGAAACUGAAAUGCAAUCUACAAUGAAUAGAGGACAAAAGAUGAUAAGUCAAUUUGAGAGACUACAAAUGAAAAUGACACAACAAAAAGAAUUAAUAGAACAAUUGAAGAAAGAAAAUAGCACAUUAACAGAACUAAAAGCUCAUUACACUACACAGUCUAGUCAUACAGAACAACUUGAGAAAGAAGUCCUGUCAUUGCAGGAUACAAGGAUACACCUAUCACAGCAGUUGGCUGAUGCUAGACAGAAGCUACACAAUGCUGUUAGUGUGGACACUGAGAGAGCAGACAAAUGUGAAGACACACUACGAGGAACAAUGGAAGAACUGAGAGCUGCUAAAGACAGGGAAAAUAAAUUAAUGCUAUUCAAAACUAAUGUACAACACAUACUUGCUUCCUCUUCUUCUCACGGAGCAACUAAUGAGACAGAAGGACAGGGAGGAGGAGGUGAUGAGGAGUUGCUGAGAAGCUUGAGACAAUUACUGUCAUCUUGUCAAAAAUAUAAAGAAUUAUCGCACACGCUGCAAUCCAGUCUAAGACACAUGGAGACAGGUUUUAGAACUAAUUAUGAAGACACGCUCGCUCUUUUAAAAAAUGAAAUAUGAGAGAAUGAGCUGGUACAUACUAGAGAUGUACAGGUGGACAUGUAUUAUUUUACUAAUUUUGCCAUUUUGAGUGUGUAAUUUGUGUUAGAUUUUUCACAAUAAUAUCAUAAUUGUUUCCCCUUUUGUUGUAAAAUUAUUAAUUGAAAAA